AUUUUUACUCUAGCUAGCUUCACGCUGGUUCCGCGUGUUGAUACUGAAGAGAGGAUCGAGGAGAAACAAGUUUUCUCGCAUCACAGAGACCCAAACUCAGGCCAAAACCAGAGGAAAAUGGACAUGAAGAAGAGGGUCUCCUUAGAGCUGAGGCACCGGUCGCCGACAGAAGUCCAGGAGCUGGUUCUGGAUAACUGUCGCCCCAGCGAAGGGAAGAUUGAAGGAAUCACAGAAGAGUUCUCGAACCUGGAGCUGCUCAGCCUCAUCAAUGUCGGUCUGACCAGCGUAGCAGACAUCCCCAAACUGGACAAACUCAAAAAGUUGGAGUUGAGUGACAACAGGAUAUCAGGCGGUCUGGAGGUCCUGGCAGAGCGGCUGGUGAACCUAACGCACCUUAACCUCAGUGGGAAUAAGUUCAAAGACAUCAGCACCCUGGAGCCUCUGAAAAAGUUGCCCCAGCUGAAGAGUCUCGACCUGUUUAACUGCGAGGUGACCAACCUGGCCGACUACAGGGAGUCCAUCUUCAAGCUCCUCCCCCAGCUCACCUACCUGGACGGAUACGACAUCGACGACUGCGAGGCGUCCGACUCUGACGGAGAGGUAGACGGGGUCGACAACGAGGACGAAGAAGGUUUAGAAGGCGAGUCGGAGGACUUUGAUGAAGAGGAGGACGAGGAUGAAGAGGACGUUGUCGCUGAAGAAGACGACGAUGAUGACAGUAAUGACGACGAGGACGGAGAAGUGAACGGAGACGUCGACAGCGAGGACGACGAUGAGGACGACGACGACGACGACGAUGAUGACGAGGACUCGUCUCCAGCCAAAGGAGAGAAGAGGAAGAGGGACCCUGAAGAUGAGGAGGAGGAUGAUGAAGAUGAUGAUUAAGGAAGACCCCACACACCCCUCUGACCUCUCGCCCGGUGACCCCUCCCCUACAUGCCCCCCCACCAACGCUCCCCCUCCUCCCCUGGGCUGCGUUCCAUUUCUGAACCCAGUCUCCUCCCGCCGCGCCCUCGUCUCCUCCUGCAGACCCGGCGGGACGCAUCUUUCUUCUUCUUCUGCUUUUGCAAAAGUUUGUCACGAUCCACGAAUUUCAGGCUUUUUAAAUUCACGUCACCAGAUGCAGAAUCUUCUGUUUACUUCCUGUUUGCGUCGUCGUCGAGCGAUCGGACGGUCGUCGUCUCGACUCGUCGUUUUGUUUAUUAAAUGUAAGAAGAAUCCGUUCUGAGAGCAAACUUCAUGUUGUGAUAAUCGGUUCGUGUACGACAGAAGCGGCGCCGCAGUCGUCCCGCUUCAGCUGGAACCAGAGUUUCUGUUUCCCUCAAACAUUCUGUCGAUCGUUGAACCUGCAGAUUAAAGUCCUCGCUGCUCGUUGGCGGCAGCGAUCAGCGUUUCUCUUCACGUGAACUGAUGAGUGGUAGAAAUACAUUUCCACCAACGCAACUUAAACUCUGUCGUUUAAUGAUCUGGUGACCGUGACGUUCUACGUUCUAGUUUAACUAAAUAAAACCAGACCCUGAACGCACCACUGAAUGAUGUUAAUCAUUAAUUACACACCAGAUGUUUUUGGGACUUUUGUAACUAUUUGAACUACAAAUUCCUACUCUGCCAGCAGCAAGUGAAUGCAUCCUCAAAAACAGUUUUCUAUACUUCUUUUUAGAUCACAAAUUUAACCUCAAAUCUCAAAGUCGGAACAUUUCACACGACGAUGGAAAUAAUUAUUUUGUGAAAACAAAACUUUAAACGACGAGAGUCUGGACGGAGACGCAGCGAGCUGACGGGACGCAAAAGACAUAAAACCAACUAAUUCCUCAUUUUACCGUCCUGCCUUUGUUUCCCCCGCGGACAGUCAAGAGUAGUGAACACCCCCCC